UCAAACGCGUGCCACAUAGAGAUUGAGUUUGCCUUCAUCUCACCACUCUCCAAUCUUCCAUUCUCCCCUCUUUUCUCCAACUCAACGCAACCGUGACAAUUGCGCCGAAUUUCUCAACCUUCACUUCGGUUUGUGCUUUUGCCCUUAGAUUCUAAUUCGUCUUGGCCUCCUCUUUUUUUUGUUAUUGAAACAAAUUAGGGUUUUGGUGAGGCUGAGGGUGAGUCACUUUUCUGGGUUUCUUUCAUUUUUUUAUAAGAAAAAAAAUCCUUUCUUUGUUUUUAAUUUCUUAGUGUUCUGCAUUUUUUAUUGGGGUUUUCGGUCUGGUAUGGUUUGGAUUGUGUUUGGGAUUUCUCAGAUUUUGAGGGUUUGUUUUGAAAAUUUUGCUUGAAAAAGUAUAAAGACAUAAUAAUCAAUUACCUGUGUUCAGCUUGAGACCAGACCCCUGCUUUGCAUUGAAGGGAAGCUCAUUACAAGAUAUGAAGCUUUUGUUUGUUGAAAUGGGUGUUGGCUAUGACCUUCAUGGUCAGGACAUGACAACUGCCGCAAUGAGACCAUGCAGAGAUGCAAUUUCUGCCAAUUCAAUUCCAGCUUUCCGUAAAGGUAACAUCCCUCGUGUUACAUCUGAUCACAUGAAAUUGCAUGUCAAACUGGGGGUGCCUCAUCCUCUGCAACAAAAUUUGGACAAGGAUAAAAUUAGCGGACAAAUCAUGAACUUUGAAGUAGUGGAUGGUGGACUUGUGUGCUCAACUGAAGAAAUCCCCGAAAAGAACGAUGACUGCUACAUUGUUAAUGCUGCUGUAUAUGUUGGCUACUAGGCUUUUGUCAGGACAUAACAGCUGCCGCAAUGAGACUGUCGCAAUGUGCCCUUUGCGGGCGAGCGAGGGCGAGGCUCACGGGUGCGCUUUCCAAAGGAGGAAAGAUGCGCGGAGUCGCCACCAACGUUUAUUUGUGGAAAAACCAAAGGAAACCGGUCAAAAUGAAAAUUCUAA